GCAGCCUAUAUAUAAUUAGUUGAAGCCAUGAAGACAAGUAGAGUUGCAUUAGCUUUUACUCGUUGAAACGUAUUUGAAACCAAAAAAAUGGAGUUUUCGUUGUGGAUUCGGUCUCUAAUUUUGUUGUCUCUAACGUCCGCGGCUUUGAGCGCCACCCCGCGAAAGCCAGUAGAUGUACCUUUUGGUCGAAACUAUGUACCAACUUGGGCUUUUGAUCACAUCAAAUACUUUAAUGAAGGUUCUGAGAUUGAACUUCUUCUUGAUAAAUACACUGGUACUGGUUUCCAAUCUAAAGGAUCAUACUUGUUUGGCCACUUUAGCAUGAACAUAAAGAUGGUUCCUGGUGAUUCAGCUGGCACAGUCACCGCUUUUUAUUUAUCUUCCCAAAAUGCGGAUCAUGAUGAAAUAGAUUUUGAGUUUUUGGGUAAUAGAACAGGACAACCUUAUAUUUUACAAACAAAUGUGUUCACAGGAGGCCAAGGUAAUAGAGAACAAAGAAUUUUUCUCUGGUUUGAUCCUACAAAAGCCUACCAUAGAUACUCAGUUCUAUGGAACAUGUAUCAAAUUGUGUUCUUUGUGGACAAUAUCCCAAUCAGGGUGUUCAAAAACAGCAAGAAGUUAGGAGUGAAAUUUCCAUUUGAUCAACCAAUGAAAGUAUACAAUAGUUUAUGGAAUGCAGAUGAUUGGGCAACAAGAGGUGGAUUAGAGAAAACAGAUUGGUCCAAAGCACCAUUCAUAGCAGGUUACAAAAGUUUUCACAUUGAUGGUUGUGAAACCUCAGUUAAUGCAAAGUACUGUGCAAAACAAGGUAGAAAAUGGUGGAAUCGACCUGAAUUUCGUGACCUUGAUGCUGCUCAAUGGAAAAGGAUAAAGUGGGUUCGUAAGAAAUUUACCAUUUAUAAUUACUGUACUGAUAGAACACGUUUCCCUCAGAUACCCCCUGAAUGUAGAAGAGACCGUGACAUUUAAAUUUUUUAUAUACUAUGUAUGUAAUUUUAUUAUAAAUUUGAUCUUGUAUUUAUUUGUAUCAUUAUUUAUUGCCACCGUAUAUUACUCGAACUAUGUAAUAAGGAAUUGAGGUUGAACCCAGUGGAGCCUCUAUGUAAUCUUCAAUCUAUAUUGAUUGGUCAAUUUCAAUGAUAAUAACAACAGUUUGU